CCAAUAUCAGACUACGUUCCUUUUAACGGAGUUUGCUACAAGAGCUUUGUGGAAAGGACAACGCGUGACAAGGCUAAGAAGACGUGUGCGGCAGACGGGGCGAUUUUAGCCAUGCCGAAGGACAGUGCCACCAAUACUUUUCUCGCUAAUCUGGCACCACUGGAAGCGGGUCGCUGGCUUGGGCUGACAGACAACAACAACGAUGGGCAAUGGCAAUUUGAGGACGGCCAAAUCCUAGCGUCAUCUGACUACUCCAACUGGCCCCCCGGUGAACCGGCACCAGAUAACGGUCAGGGCGGAUGUGUCGGGUUUUGGGGGAGUGGAUCCUCAUGGGAUGAAAAAGACUGCUCCUACGACAGGGGAUUCAUAUGCCAGCUAAAUGAAGCUCCUAAGAAGUGGCGUAAAGACUGGCGUUGUGGGUGGGGCCACCCCGCUGCGAACGGCAACCCUGCUGAAUGCUACCCGGCAGGUGUUAACCAUUGCUGCUCCUUUGCAAACUGGUGCGGCAACACUGCAGCCCACUGUGACUGUCGGACUUGUGUCGACUACAGAAUCACAGGACCAUGUGUACCUGGCAGCUUCUCCCGGACCGGUACAGACCCGUGUGACCUGUGUCCAGUCGGGACGUUCCAAGCCGGACAUGGUCAAACCGAAUGUUUAUCCUGUCCACUGGGCACGGGUACAGACGCCAGGGGUUCGGAAACCUCAAGUGAUUGUGUUGAUAUAAACGAAUGCACAGGAAACCAUGGCUGUGACCACGUCUGCAGGAACACGCAAGGAAGCUACCGUUGUGAAUGCCAUGGUGCCUUUACCCUAGAUACAGACGGGAGGAGCUGCUCCGGUGGAUGGCCAAGAGGAACGUAUGGUUUACCCAGGACAAACACAGGCUGCCCGGAAUCUGCAGGCGUGACCUGGCACACGGGCUCCCGUUUCCAAGACACCGAGGACGACGACGCCAACAACUACUGGACGUCAGGACUGCAUUUUGAUGGAGACUUCUGGAGGGACAACAUGAUACAGAAAUUUUGCAUGAAAACAUCUUAUUGGACAGGGCACGGGACCUGGCCACGUGGUAGCUACUGUAUCUUCAAGAAGAAUGAAUGUCCAAGUGGUUUCCAAACUGGGGAAAUUUACUGGGACGACGAAGACAAUCCAUUCAACCAAAGGAACAGCAGGAGUGGCUCACUGCCUGACGGGAAGUACGACCGCAACACGCUCAUCUGGUACUGCUGUCGUAACGAUGGUAGCGCCAACACCCGCAUCCCGCUACCCAGCCGCAAACCGUUUUACCUCUUCCGCUUCAGGCAGGGGUGCCAAAAGGUCCUCGGGAUGAAUGUAAGGGAGGAAUACUUCCGCUGGGACGAUGAAGAUACCAUUAAUGAAAGUGAUCGCCAUGGGGCACAUCCGCACGACACAGGCGGUAGCAGAAACCACAAGCUUCACUACUGUUACUAUUCGUGAUUGUCAUAGACAAAAAAAUAAAACAUUCAAUAUUGCCCACGACUAAGAU